GCCAUACGUGUUCAGGCCAUGAACUUUAAGUCAUUUCGAAAUCAACUUCGUAACAAUAUCUUUGUAAAUUGUUUUAACAUUUUCAUUGAAUUGAUUUUAAAAUUCUUGUAUGAAUGGAACAGUGCGUUUAUUAUCUGGCAGCGAGCAGGGAUCCACACCCUUGGGUCUCCGGGAAGAGUUUCGAUUUCGAAGAUUCGGCCAUGAAAAAUUUAAUCUUAAUUCAAUCUAAAUAGUAACUAAACCAAAAAUGAGAAAAAACUUGAAAACAGAUAUGGAUGCUAUGCACUUAGACCUGGUUGGCUGGGACCCGGGGCUAAGGAAUAAAAUCGGGGAAAUGGGUUUGGCUUGGCUGAAUAAAAACACUGACGUAUGCACUUGACUUGACUUGCACAUUUGCGAUGGCAGAAGGCCUUGACAACUCAGUUGAAGCUGGAGCCAAAGCCAAAGCCAAAUCCGAAGAAAAAUAGUUAUUGUUAGAGCAACGAAGGCCAUGCCACGAGAGAGGCAGUAAGUAGCUUUAUUAUAGGAUUUUAAGUUAUUAAACCGGUGGCACGGGGUGAAAAGGGAGUGGAAAAGAUUGCAAGUAGAUGAGGACCAAGGAUGCAACGAUGAGCAUUCACAUGUGCGUCUUCAUGUAUCAGGACUUGGUCCAAGUGAUGGCAGGAUGGCCUACAGCCAAAUUUGUCAACAAGACUUGAAAAGAAAUUCAAUUCAUCAUUCUGAGUCUUUUGUGGCUAAAGCUUGAAUAUUAGCAAUGUAUGAGAUCAGAUCUAAACCGAGGAAUCCACUUCAAACUAAAUCAUUUUUGUACAAAAAUUCAAUUAUUUAUAAAAUUAAAAAAAAAUUGUACAAAGAGAGUAAUUAUAGAUCUGUAGACAAGUGUGAUUGGCUUAAUCAAUUGGCUUUUUGAUAGUUGCUUUACUUACAAUAAGAAAAGAUUAGAAAAACUUAACCCUAAGAACCUAAACUUUAAACCUAAGAAAUAAAAUCAAAUCCAGUGAGAAUACAUAAGCUUGAAUAAAAGGUUGUCUCUUUCUGAAACAGAGAGAAUUUUUUAUAUGAUUAAGAUGCUUUUUGAAAGAAGUUGACAAUCAUAAAAAUAGUAUGAUUACAUACAUAGGAAUUCAUGCCGCAAGUCUACUGAUAACAAGACUGUUAUAACAAGCUCUCAACAAGGAAAAUUUUACUUCCAUCCGAAUGUGAGGAGGAUCAUACGUAUUUUGGAAGAGUGUCGAGAACUUUGCAUUAUCGAGAGUGAUCCCCUUCCCACUAAGUAUAUGAGCAAGACUCGGUCGAAAUAAGAAAGACGAGAUGUCAAGCUGUGCUUGACUGAAUCUCCUAUAAAAGGAAGAUUUUCCGCUGAGAGGAAUAGUGUUUCAUGUGCCUUCGAACAGUACGCAUACCCUUACUCUUUUUUUCGAGAUGAAAUAUUUGGAUUCGGGGGACAGCAGCAGCAAGAAGAGCAAUACGGUGGAGGCUUUUCCGGCUUUGGAGGAGAGUUUGGUCAGCAACAACAGCAACAAGACGGCUUCGGAGGCUUUGGAGGUCAAUAGCAAUAACAGCAACAAGCCGGUUUCGGAGGCUUUGGAGGGGGCUUCGGUCAGGAGCAACAGCAACACGGCUUUGGUGGAUACUUUUGAUAAUUUCCAUGUCAUUAAUUUGUACCAUAUAGUCAUACGCUACAUAUUAGGACAACAGAAUUAUAAUAAUGGGAACCACGGCCGCCAUGUACCACGACAUGAUAACACCAACAACGACAAUAAUAAUCGCUUUACACAGCGACAGCAAAAUUUUAACAACAAUGAUAAUAGACGCUUCACAAGUCAAUAUAAUUCCAAUAACGAUAGUAAUGGUCGACACGAUAGACAAACUUUGGGUAGGAACCCCUUCCACAAUGACACCAAACCAGAGCAGACCCUAAACCACCAAGGCAAGAACAACCAAAAUCCAAGCGCUCCCCUAUGUAACAUCAACGAUGAUGAGAAUUUUCUACUAGAAGCCUCGGGAAACCAGUCGGUUACAUAA